AUUUAUCACUUUGAGCAGAUUUUUUUUGAAGAGAAUGACAAUGGGAAUGUGAGGGAUACAACUUGUCAGUGUCCUAUGGGAGAAUUUAAAUGUCACCAUGUUGCAGCAACCCUACUCUUUGGUUAUAAGAGAGCAAGCAAAACGGACGUCAAAUGUAGCUGGCUAAAACACACCAAAUCGGCACCACCCAGGAGAACAAUGACAAUGGAGGAAUGCAGCCUAACUACAGCUUUGCACUGGAUUCUUAGCAAGGAGCCAGAAGUAGAGGCCCUACCAGUGCCCUUGGUUGAGGACCUACUUAUUUCUCAUGAAUAUAUUCGAUCAGAGGAGCCCCUAACAUGGUUCAGACAGCAGCUUAUUGUAUCACCUGAAAAGGUGAUACAAACAGCCUUCCUCACUACUGGCCAAAGGGAUAAUGCAGUCUGGGCAGCCAUAAGAAAACUUCGAUUCACUGCCUCCAAUUUUGGACAAAUCAUAGCAGCUGCAAAGCGCAAUAGGUUGACGACUUCACUGAAGAAGAGACUGUUAAGUGCUUAUAACUUAGAAAAGAGGGACCCCAUACAGUGGGGCAUUACACACGAGCACGUUGCGAUGGCCGAGUAUUGUAAAGAAGGAGGUGUCUCAGUACUUCCAACAGGUAUAUGGCUUCAUGAGACAGGGAUUUUAGGGGCUUCUCCUGAUGGCUUUGUGCAAGGAACUUUCAAAGACAGCUUGAAUGUGUACCAUCAGCAACCUUGUGAUAGAAUUUCACCUGAUAUAGUAGAAAUCAAGUGCCCUUUCUCAGCAAAGGAUAUGACAGUAGCAGCCGCAUGUACUAGAAUCAAGGAUUUCUACUUAGUUGCUGAAGAAGAUGGAAGUCUAAAUCUGAAGAAGACGCACGACUACUGGCAUCAGAUUCAAGGACAGCUUCAUUUAUCAGGGACUUGUUGCUGUGACCUUGUCAUAUGGACUCCACUGGACUUGAAAAUUGUCAGGAUUUUGAAAGACGACUCAUGGGCUCAGAAUAUUUCAACAAUGUUAGAUUUUUAUUUUUCUAAGUUUCUGCCAUCUUUGUCAGAGUGAUUGAUGAUAAUACAUGUACAUCAAGUUAUCCAGAAAAAAGGCAUGUCAUUUUUUUUCAUGUAUCAUGUAUCUGAAUAAUUUCCAUACAUAAAUGGUUGAAAUUGCAUAAAAUAUUGAUUUUUUCAUUUGAACAUUUAAUUACACUUGUAAAUGGUUUUUAUGUAGACUUGAUCAAUUAAUCGAUAGAAAUUAGUUUUUAUCAAUCAAUAUAUACCAUAUAAGUGGAAAUUUUAACAAGACGCAAAGAUAGUGAUUUGUCCUUAAAAUUUGGUACUUUAGUUUUAGCGACAUGUAAUUAAAGUGAUUUUAAAAUGCUCAUUAAAGAAGCUAUUACAAAUAAA